AAAUAAGUUUCCAAAAUUAUUAUAAUUAUCCUUUUGGGGAAAUGUACGAUGGUGAAGAUUUUCUGUGUAUGAAUUUCAAUAAAAUCGUUCAUAUAAAUUUAUUCUUAAUGUUCACUAAAUGCGAAUCGUUUGGCUAAUGGCUGUGCUAAUGAUGAUUCCUAAAGUUCUAAUCUCAAGCCCAAUUGAUAUAAAUCUUCCACAAUAUUUAGCCGAUUCAGAUUAUAUAUAUAUGGAUCCCGAUUUUAAUGACUUAACAGAACUUAAUGAAGAACUCAAUCAAAAACCUAAAAAAAAUUAUGAAUUUGGUGCAAUACCACGAGCAGCUCUUAUACCAGAUUCGGAGUCAUCAGCAAAUGACGCCACAACUGAAUGUGAACCGGAAAAACCUGAGGAUUCGAGCACAACAGAGUGUGUACCGGACACAGAAAAACCAGGUUCGCAAACGUCUGCUCCAGAGACGGAAAAGUCAGGAGCAACAACUACAGAAUGUGUUCCUGAUACAGAAAAGACGGAAAAACCGGCCCCAGCAGAACAGACGACUACGACGACUACAACAACAGAAUGUAUACCAGAGACACCUGCAUCCCAAACAUCAACAACGGAAUGCAUUCCUGAAAGUGAAAAUCCGCCAGCAAAAACAGGCCAUCCGCUUGAAGAGAGUAGUUCCGGAUCUCAAGCAACUAGCACUGCUGGAGGAUCUCAAGCAGCGAUAACUGCAGUUCAAGGAGCAGAAGCUACAACUACAAGUAGCAUGUCAAAAGCUGAUGCAGCUGGAAAUGCUGAACACGAUUUGAAGACAAAAGAACUGCAUACGUUAAUACAACAAUUAUACGUAGCGCAAGCACGUGUACAAUUGGAAGCCACGGAAAUAAAAAAGUCACAGGCAAUUGCGAACUCUGCGCAACAGGAUUUGGAAGAGGCAGCAAAUAGAGUACGAACUGUUACCGCGAUGCUGCAGAAUGCUCAGCAAGAAGUAGCUGCUUGUGCAAUUCGUGCUCAAACAGCCCAACUACAACUGGCAGCACAUGAUCAGCUAUUAUUUGCUGCCCGACAGGAUGUCGAUGCCCUCUCCUCACAAAUGGUGGGAUUGCAAGCAGCAGAAGGUAUUUCACCACCUAAAAUCAGUUUCGAUGUAUCAAGCCUCAUGGAAAAACUGAAACAACCUUUGGCUGAAGCUGAGAAGCCAACACCUGUGCCCACUAUAAUUAAUUUACCUGUACCGGCAAAACCCAGACCAGUAAACGACGAAAGAGUCGAUGAGGAAUAUUACUACGAUUAAAGUUUAAGUUGUUAAGUUGUGAUAUGAAAUAUUUCUGAAUGAAAUAAUUAUGAUAUAUA